UAUGUCAUUCACCUGUCAAAAAACAAGAAAUCGUGGAUGGAUUUUGCAUUUGCGUUUGUGCGUAUUUUUUAAGUAAAUGUAGUAAUAACAUUACAUAAAAACUUUCAGGAUGAGUACCCAGGGUCGAGGGGCUGCCAAGAGAAAAGUAAAGCCGGUGGAGCCUCAGUCUCUUCUUGAUUUUGAUCUAGCAGAAGGUGAAAGUUCUGAUGACUCUGACUUCAGGAUUGAAGACCACCCGGAGGAGAGUGACGAUUAUUCUAUAAACAGUGACGAUGACGACAAAAAAAAAGAUGGAAGUUCUUCAGAAGAGCAGUCUGAAUCAGAUGGAGAAGAUGGACCUAAAAGUUCCAAUAAUAAAAUUGGAGAAGAAAUCUCAGUCACGGACAUUCUUGAGAAGGCAAAACAACAGGAAUUCAAGAUUCCAUUUGAAUUGGCAAAUAUGCUGAUUUGUGCUGGAUGCCUUGGUUCAAGAAGUGACUGCUACAAUGAGAUUGUUGAAUGUGAUGGCUGUGGAGUGACGGUACAUGAAGGCUGCUAUGGUGUGUCGGAUGUUACCAGUGAAUCUAGCACGGUCAGCUCAGCGUCAACGGAACCAUGGUUUUGUGAGGCUUGUAAAGCUGGUGUCACUGAUCCCAGCUGCGAAUUGUGUCCGAAUAAAGGUGGUAUUUUCAAGGAGACAGAAGUUGGAGCUUGGGUUCAUCUAGUAUGUGCACUCUAUGUACCAGGAGUUGCCUUCUCAGAGGUGGAGCGUCUGUCAGGGGUGACGCUGUUCGAAAUGGCGUAUUCCCGGUGGGGCGCGCGCUCGUGUGCCCUCUGCGAAGACACGACACUCGCCCGUACUGGCGUCUGCGUUGGUUGCGACGCCGGGCUUUGCAAGACGUUCUUCCAUGUCACAUGUGGUCAACGCGAAGGUUUGCUAGCAGAGGCGCAUACCGAAGAGGCCGAGCAAGCAGAUCCGUUCUACGCUCACUGUCGCUUGCACUCUGAUAAAGCCCUAGUCAAGAAAAGAAAACGAAAUUGGCUCGCUUUACAGCUGAGGACCGAAAAGCGAAAACUGGAGCUUCAAACAAAUAUAACAACAGAUGAGAAACUCCGAAUACAAAGGAAGCUUGUCAAGUACAGGAGAAAGUACUUGCAACAGAAGGAGAAUAGGAAUCCACCAUGGGUGCCAACUCAAAAAAUGGCUCGGAUGCUGUAUAGCAGCGCAUCUGCCAUGAGAAAGUUCGCGCGUAAGGCAGAGUGCAUGGGCAUAGAUACGCAUGCCCUUGAAUUUCAAGAUGCUCAGAUGGCAGCACUAAAAGAUGUUUCUCGUCGCUGGCACGUCCCACCGGCUUUUUCUGUGGAAUUCGUCGGGUAUUACCUAGAGAGAAACUCCCGCGUCACUUCACUGCGAAAAUCACUUGAGAGGCUGACAAAAGAAAAUGAAAAAUUGUUGAGUGAAGAUGAGAAUCUCAGGACGGAGUACGAUGAGGCAUCAAAAGAGAACACGGACGCUCUUGCCGAGUUGACGUCAACGAAGCAAGCUCUCCAGAAGAUAUACGAUGCGAUCAUUGCUCUAUGUCCCAAGAAGGUCGCUCCACCCAUCAUGGAAGAAAAGCCCCUCAUCCCGCCGGUCAUACAACGCUCCACGCCGAAAGUCACACCGUAUCAGCUUCAGAAACGUGAGUCGGCCAGCAGAUCAAUGUCUGUGCCCACCGCGGCUGCACUUAAGAUGGGCGUUGGUUUUCCUCUUAGCGACAACCCGGACGCUCGCCAUGGAAAAGUUUUGUCUACGUCGCUUGAAGCGACGACAGGCGCCUUAGCGGCCCGCGAGUGCGCCGUGUGCGGCCGCAGCAGCGAGCGGCACCUCAUGGCGGCCUGCGACACCUGCCGCCACCACUACCACCUGCACUGCCUGCGCCCGCCGCUGCAGCGCCCGCCCAAGAAGAGCAAGCUCUACGGCUGGUACGUACUCGAUACCACAACGCCCAGUCACCCAUACAUCCACAGUCUCCCCUCGACACCUGCCGCCACCACUACCACCUGCACUGCCUGCGCCCGCCGCUGCAGCGCCCGCCCAAGAAGAGCAAGCUCUACGGCUGGCAAUGCUCCGAGUGCGACAAGACAUCCGACUCCGAACCAGAAGUUUUGGAGAAAAAAGUUCCGCGUCGAUCGCGAAUACGGUACAGCAAAGAUGGCGCCAUCAUCACCGAACCGCAAAGCCCCGAGUCGGUCACUACUUCACCGCCCAAACCCAAUAGAAAGGCCCCAUAAGAUUGAGAAAGUUGCCACCACAGAAAACAUGUCUCCAAUCAAAGUCACGAUAAAGCCCUUCGACUUUAGCAGUGAAAACGAAGGCAGUGAAUUCAAAAAGAAAGAUAAAAAGAUUAAGAAGUCAAAGCAAAAGGAGCACGCGUCCGCAUCGGCCGGGGAAGGCGAGUCUCCAUCAAAGAAAUUGAAACGCAGUUUCACUUCACCGACGCUUACGAAUACGCCGCUAAUGUCCAUCACACCGAUUGUCGCAGACAGCCCCAACGAUUCUCACAAUGAGAACUCAAAUGCUUCGACAACUCUGCCCCCGGUGAAGCGUGAUGAGACCGUUCAGAAUAUAUCCUUCUCGUCUCUUCUAAAUGACGCAAAGGAGAGGGACAGUAAAGCGAUUGAAUCGUCAAUCGAGAGCACACUCGCUAAUUUGUCGUCGGACAUCGCGACGUACAAAGCGAAUAGGAAACGAAGGAAAGAGAAGCACAGGUCAAGGUAUUCGCCAGAUCUGCUGCGUUCGCCGUCGAAAUCACAUAAGCACAAACGGAAGAAGAAGUGUCAGGAUAUGGAGAACCCUGAGAUGCCUCAUCCAAGAAUAACCAUCAAGAUCAAGCCCAUUCCUAAGCCUGAUGGGUCAUUAGAUACCCAGAUGUUCUACGUGCCAACUGACAGCAAUGACGGGCCGCCACCUGCUAUGAUGAAAAAAAUGUCAAAGCAGGUAGAACAAGAUGUGGCCAAGCCUCCACCACCACAGCCGGAAGUCCCGUUAGAACCUAUCGCAGAGGGAGACACUGCAACUCCUCUUGCUAUAAAUCCCGAGGAAAAUCCAGUGGAACUUACAAAACCUAAGGUAAGAAAUACCCCCCUUCCCUUUGGUAACAAAACAAAAUCUAGUUGCACCAUCUUACUUUAUCAAAAGUUUUUACUUAUUGUUUUCGUCGUUUCGCCGCAUCCAGUAAUUGCUUUCGGAACUGAUAUGGGUUCCUACACUUACGAAGAGUAUGCCGAUAUCAUGUUUUGCUAUGGGUUUAGUAAUGGAUGUGCUACAGGUGCGAAAAGGGAAUAUGUUCGUCGUUAUCCUAAUCGCCGGGCACCCCAUAUGCGAGUAUUUACGGAUACGUAUCGUCGAUUAAGAGAAACUGGUAGUGUUCAUGCACGGACGCCUUGGGAUAGUGGUAAUACUCGAAUUCAUGGUCUGGAUGAAGAAGAUGAAGAGGAAGAACAAGAAAUGCUCGAUCAAUUUCAACCACUGCCUACUGCAUUUGUUGCUGUGAAGCCCAAAAGCCAUGGACUCACUAAAUUGAAGAGGAGCCGAACGAGUCGGGCCCGAAGAACUACAGGAGGCGAGACAUCGUCGCCCGCGCAAGCCAUGACGCCGCUGACGCACUGCGACGUGUGCACGCAGCCCGGAGACAAUACCAACCUUGUCAGAUGUGACGAGUGCUUCAAGAGGUAUCACUUUACUUGCCUGGAGCCGCCUCUCAACAAGAACCCCAAGAAACGCGGCUAUUCGUGGCACUGCGCUGAUUGCGAUCCAACGGAUGUGGAGGAGAACAACUAAAAUUGUAUUAAAGGUUAAUUAUUAAUCUCAAGGAAAUCAAUUUACUUAGCAACUAAGUAAGUGUAGUGUGAAGUGAAAUAACAGUAUUUCUUGAGUUUUGUAAUGAGACCUGGUGUUAACAUAAGUACAAUUUUAAUAUCUCUUAUUCAAAUUCAAAUUCUUUAUUGCUCCAAUGUUGGUAUAUAAAAGUUCUUACAUAUAGACAUAGACCCAUAACAUGGACCCUGCUAGGGUAUUGCAACAUGAUUACUUCAAUAAUACACCUAAUAGCCAUAAAAAUUGUUUGAUCGGUAAUAAAAACUUCUUUAAUGAAAGUCUUAUGUUUUCGCCAGAUCCAGUUGCUUCGUAUUUGAGUUCAAAUAAAUCUCUUUUCUUAUAAACUUAUUAAUUAUGAGUACAUAUUGAUAUGUAUCGUAUUGAAGUAAAUUUAUUUUUAAGUACCCAAAAAUAAAUAUUUAAUAAUAUA